AUUAUGGUACCUGGAUCUGCUGGUGGUAUGCUCUUUGGAGGUUAUGUAGUGAAAAAGUUCAACUUGAAAUGCCGAGGGAUCAUUCGCUUCAGCUGUGCAUGCCUGUUCUUCUGCAUGUUACUGGGUCCUUCAUUCCUGGCUAGUUGUCCAAGCCGCCCUAUAGCUGGAAUGUCUUCGACAUAUCCAUCAACUGGGGAUUCGUCCUUUAUAUCCUCUUGUAACUCCGACUGUGGAUGUUCUACAAAAGGAUACGAGCCAAUCUGCGAUGAAAACCAAAUUGUGUAUUUUUCUCCAUGUCAUGCUGGAUGCACAAGUAUCACCACUUUAAAUGAAACCAAGAUAUAUCAAGACUGUUCCUGUAUAAAUAGCAGUGCCCCGUCUAUGGUUUUGAGAAGUGGAACAUGUUCGAGAAGAUGUACUUGGUUUUAUGUGUUUUGUGUUCUCUUGUUUUUGAUGAUGUUUUUGACAUUUUCUACAACCUCACCAACAUUAACAGCAAUGUUCAGAUGUAUUCCACAACAGCAGCGUUCCCUUGGACUUGGAAUACAGUUGACAUUUGGUCGACUUCUAGGAACUCUACCGGGACCAAUAUUCCUGGGGGCCAUUUUAGACAGCACUUGUUCGGUGUGGCAGGAGAAUUGUGGAGUACGUGGGUCCUGCUGGAUCUACGAUAAAUGGCCGUUAGGGCUUCGUCUUAUGCUGUGGUGGAUGGGAACAAAAUUCACUGGAGUUGUUCUUCUUUUUAUUGCAUCCAUUGUUUACAAACCAGAGGUAGCAGAAAAUUCUACAAAUGUGGUGGAUGUGAAGAACAAUAACGGAGAGUAAGCAAGGACAGAUAAUCCCGAAUUCAAUAUUCUUGACGAGAACUGUAAUUCUAGGUUAUGAGAGAGAGAGAGAGAGAGAGAGAAUGUUGUGUGUGUGUGUACUUGCUUAAUUGGAGAAAUUUAUUUUAUAUCAUUUUCAGUGAAAUGUUUCAUACAGAUUACGUUUAUUGCUAUAAAAAUUUCAUGAAUUGAAGCAGAUUGUAGUUUUCAUUUUGCCAUAUGUUUAAUCAUACUUCCCAACAUGGCAAAGUACCAAUAUUACGUUCAUGAUCUAGUUU